GCCAUUGUUGUGACUCGCACUACGUGGACUACCUCAAAACUCUGACGCCAGGUCGCCAUGGAAACUGCUUUAAGCUCCGGGCUCUGAGAGAGCAGAAGGUGUGGGAUAUUUAAGAGUUUCAGAACCACGAUCUGCCUGAACAGCGAUCGGCUCCUGCAGCACUUCCCAGCUUUGGAAUUCAGCCUAAUGAACCCUAAACGAUUGACCCAGCGACCAAAUCACUGUCGGAUUAACCCUGGAGAUCAGCACUGACGCGCCGCCACUCUAACGUUUCUGCUCAUCCAGCGAUAUUGCGAACAUAAUAGAGAUGGAAGAUGACCGCCGGUUUCACAAACUGACACAAGAACAGGUGGAGACUUUAGACCAAGUUCUUACAGAGGUCAUUCCCAUUCAUGGUAGGGGUAAUUUCCCAACCCUUGAAAUCAAGCCUAAAGACAUAAUCCAUGUGGUUAGAGACAGACUGAUUUUGAAGAAAAUCAAGGUGAGAGAUGUUCGUCUUAAUGGCUCUACAGCCAGUCAUGUGCUGGUCAAAGAGAAUGGCACCAGCUACAAAGACUUGGAUAUCAUCUUUGGUGUGGAGCUUCCCAAACCAGAGGACUUCCAGAUUAUCAAGGAGGUGGUUUUGGGCUGUCUGCUGGACUUUCUACCUAAAGGUGUCAACAAAGAUAAGAUUACAGCUCUCACCAUGAAAGAGGCAUAUGUACAAAAAAUGGUCAAAGUGUUCACUGAGCAUGACCGUUGGAGCCUUAUCUCCCUCUCAAACAAUAGCGGUAAGAACGUGGAGCUCAAGUUUGUCAACUCUCUACGACGCCAGUUUGAAUUCAGUGUGGAUUCCUUUCAGAUCAUCCUGGACAGUAUGCUACAAUCUUAUUUGGAUGCUGAAAGGAGGAAGAUUUUGGAAGGGCAAGAGGGCCGGGACUCUUCUUUAGCUUCGAGUCAAGGAAUUCAGACAGCCCUAAUGAAUGAACCAUUCCUCAGCUCGUGUGACACAGGGCAUCACCAAGAAAGUGACACUGACAUGUCCUGCAAAGCCGAUGACAUUCAGACUUUCUGUGACUCUCAGUGUUAUUGUAAAAUGAGUCAGAAAGAGCAGUCUAAAUAUUCAGAUCAAGAACCACCUCUUGAAACAGACAAUGAUGCUGAAACAGAGAUGGUUCAAACUACAGCUACGCCUAUGGAACAAGUAUCAGAGCACUCUGUAAUGGUGCAUGUGGAGGAAAAGAAUGAACUUAAUGAAAAUGUGUCUUUGCCAACGGAGACGCUGCUCGAAGUAAAUGCAAAUGAAACAGGUGUUGACUCAGGGGAGGGAAAUGAACUAGUUGGGGUAAAAACUAUAUCUGUUAAGGAAACAAGUCCUACCGUUAAAACAUAUAUUAAUGAAGCAGAUUCUGACAAAACAGAAUACAUGUUAAGCAUAGAGCCAGUUAAAUCGCAACCAUGGCUUGAAAUGGUACAUGCAGACUUUUCUUGUCUUUCAACAACAGGGACCUUUGGUGAGCGAUGCACAUUCCAACCUGCUCCUAUUACAUUUCUUUCACAAUCAGCACUAGAAUCAUAUGCGGAGUAUCCUUUACCACCCCCUGCCAAGAAAAACAGCCAAAAUUCACAAAUGGUUGUUCUCAAGCAUUCCUCACCCAAACCUCCUCGGAAAAUGUCCAAAAAGACAACCCUUGUACCGUGUUCACCAGAAAAAUCAGCGUCAGAUAAUUCAGAUGUUAACACUUGUCAGGUUUUGCAUCCACCUAAAGCUUACCCAAAAGAAUCAUUACCUAUGCAGGUUAAAUUGUCAGGUCUUACCACAAAAAGCUUUGAAUUAUCCAGUGCCUCAGAAAAUGACUCUAAAGAGUCUAAAGAACUAGCCAAUCGUACCGGAGCGUUUACUGUUGCUGCGCCAGAGAAUGGUAUGCAUUCAGAAGAGACAUUGUACACGAGUCUGUCACCAGAGGAAAGCCUUCAAAGUCAAGUGCAAACUUCAGAACCAGAAACUGGUGAAGCUACUCACGUCACUAUUCUAAUUCCUACGCCCAAUCCCAGUAAUCUCCCCAAAGAUCAAAACAGGAUAAACCAGCCUUUUAAUGAAAGUGUUCAGACAGCACCGUGUCAGGCAACGGUACCUCUUAUUAAUGUGAAUUCUGAGCCUUUACUUCAGGCAAAUGACAGUCAUGACCUCAACUCAGCCUCUCCCAAAAAGAAAGAUACCGAGCCUUGUGCUCAAGUGGAUGAUGCCACAUCGCCAAAAUAUCUUACUGAACCCUCAGAAUCAGUCACUAUGGCAACAAAUUGUGCCUCUCAAAUGUUAAAACCACUGUCUGCAGACCUUACUAUUGACUCACACAUGGUAGGGACUAAUUCUGCAGGCUCCGAACAUGUUAUAUCACCUCAAGUUCACAACUACCCCGUGUCCACUCUGCAGACUCAGGAACUUCUUGUGCCAAGUCCACCGACUGAUGAAGCCCCAGAACUAUUACCCCUUGUCUCUUUACCAGAAGUUCAAAGCCUCACAGAACCUUACCUAGAACCUUCCAUAUCCUCGACAGCAAAUCUAGAAUCUCCCACAGUCUCAGAGCCUAUUUUAGAACCAUCAGUUAUGUCUCUGGACGUCAUAGACCCCUCUGAAGUAUUCUCUGAAGUUACAGAACCAUCCGAAUCACUUUCACAAGGUUUGCAACCUUCUUCGGUAUCUAUGUCACAUGUCACAUUAGAAACGUCCAUGUCAUCGGUAAGUGAGGAGGUGGUUUGUAAGAUAUCAGGCCCAUCAGCCUUAGACAUUAACGAGCCCAUACGCGCUUCAAAAGAGCUGCCUUGUGUUAUAGUGUUGGCUGAGAGCAUGUAUGGUGACUUUGAGCAGGCUAUGGACCACCUGCGUUACAGGCUAAUAGCAACACGUAACCCUGAGGAGAUCAGGGGUGGAGGCCUGCUCAAGUACAGUAAUCUGCUUGUCCGGGACUUCAAACCUGCCUGCGAAACAGAAAUUAAGACGCUUGAGCGCUACAUGUGUUCACGUUUUUUUAUCGACUUCCCUGAUGUGAAUGAGCAGCAGCGCAAGAUCGAAUCAUACCUGCGCAACCACUUUAUCGGAGAGGAGAAAAGUAAAUACGAUUACUUGAUGACCCUUCGGAGAGUGGUCAACGAGAGUACUGUGUGCUUGAUGGGGCAUGAGCGGCGUCAGACUCUCAAUAUGAUUACCAUUCUAGCACUUAAAGUCCUGGGUGAGCAAAACAUCAUUCCCAAUGCCAAUAAUGUUACCUGCUAUUACCAGCCUGCACCAUACAUGACAGACCACAACUUCAGCAACUAUUACAUUUCAAAUGGCCAGUCCCCACUUAUAUACCACCCCUACCCGCUACACAUACACAUGCAGUCUGGAUUAGUUUAGGUAUAGUACGUAACAUAGAUGAGAAAAUGCACAGGGAAAUCUCUUAAUCUUGCAACCUAAAAUAUCAUCCACAUAUGAUUUACCCUUGAGCAUGUGUCCCAACACUUAACUGAAAAAAAAAAAAAAAAAAAAAAAAGGUAAUUACCUAGGUGUUGAAGUGUUGAGUGUAAGAUCUGGUUUGACUACAAACAUUGGAGCCAUUGCACUAGCAAUAUGAAGGUUAAAACAAAAAAUGUGUCACAUGCAUUUACUUGAAAAAGACAAUGGCAAGAAAAACAGUAUGACGGAAAAGAUGAUAUUUAUAUAUAUAGUAAAAUAAACUAUAAAAUUAAUUUUGACCUGCUCUUAAAAUAGACCUGUUCUUGUCUCAUCGGAGGUAGCUGAAAGUCCUGUUGUAACAAAGAAACAAACAAAACAUUAGAAGCUUAGAAACACUAUUUUCAAUAAUUUAAUGCUUUAUUGGCAUGACAAAGAAGUGCAAGAGAAAUAAUCAGCAUGCAGCCAAUGCUUUUUACAUAGUAAGAUACUUUUGUUGUCUGAAACAAUUAAACUGAUUGUUCCCGUCUUGUUCUAAGAAAGUUCAGUAAGGUCAGUGUUCCAUUCCUUUUUUCUGAUUUCUGUUUGAAUUAAGUAUUUUAUAUGUUGUGAUAUUUCUUGGUACAUCUACUGGGUGUCUGUAUUUUUAUUUAUAAUAUAUGCUUAUUAGUAGAUUAUGAAUGAUGAUUCCAGGGGUGUCCAGUCGUGCUCCUGGAGGGCCACUGUCCUGCAGCGUUUAGCUCCGACACACCUGCCUGGAAGUUUCUAGUGAUCCUGAAGAUGAUUAGGUGGUUCAGGCGUGUUGAAUCAGGACUAGAUUGCCUUCCAGGAGCAGGAUUGGAAAGCCUUGAUGUAUUCAAUAUUUUACAAAAAUCAUACGUCUUCAGAAUACAAAAAAAAAAAAAAAAAAAAAAAAAAAAAAACUCCAUUACUCAUCGUAUGAUUAAAUCCGAGAUUUCAGGAAAAACUGUCUGCAGUGAUCUACAAAUGUCUGUUUAACCAAAAUGUACAACAUGGAAUGUACUGAACUGAUAAAAACAAAUCUCAAAUUUGACAGGUUUCUACCAAACUUGAACAAAUACAAAAAAAGCAAACAAACCAACCAACUACAAAAGAAGAAAAAAAGGGCGUUUACUGGUGUCUUUUGUGUAUCUAUGGCGCACAAUGUUGAUUUUGUGUGGAGAGUAACAAGCAGUCUUCUUUAGUUUUCUUUUUCUUAUAUACUGUAAAUGUAGCCUCAAACAAUCCAUGUGAGGACAUUAGAUGAUGUUAUUUAAUAUUUCUUUGUAUUUAACAGAACCAUCAGUGGUGCUGAAGACUUAAAUACAUUUCCACCCUUUUUUUACAUCUUUGUGACAAAAAUGCAUAUAUUUUUCCAAGAACUUAUGUGUAGAACUGUAUUAUAGCGUACAUGAAAGAUUGCACCAGCCACACAUACAGUAUACACAGAUUCAACAUGAAAAGAAACUGUAAAGGUCAGGACCAAAUAUAUAAUAAUGUAUAUCGUUGGACAUCAAUAUGGCAUGAAUUGAAUCGAACUGAACUGUUGUCUUCGGUUGAGUGAUUAUUAUCGCAAAAUGUAUUGAAGUGAUUUGCCUAAAGUAAUACAUUUUUCAGAAGCAAGAGAAAAACACACACAACUUGUAUGACACGUUGGCUUCACUGAAAUUGUAUACAGAAAUUUUAUUUUUAGGUUAUCUUGAGAACAUAGCAAAAGUAUUAGCAAAUGUCUGACCUUGACCUUAAUAAAAUGCAAACGUUUAAUAGAUCUUACAGAGAUCUCAUCACUGGUAUAGUUAUUCAAUCUUGUGGAGUUCCUUUUUCCUGUGCAGACCUACAGUUUUGUAAAGUAUCGGCUUGAUUGUAUGAUGAUUUCUAGUCUAACAUUCUGUUUUCCUCUUAUGUAAUUGUCUACCUAUGAAAUGCAGCCAAAACCUGUAGUAACACUGUGGUUAGAAAUAGGUUUAGACUGAAAUUGUUUACCAAGAUGAUGUACACCCAUCAUGAAAUACUUAAAGCCGUUUAUAUGACCAAAAUUAUUUUUGCAGGAAAACAUCAGUGCCUCAAUGAGCAGGAGAAAGCUGUAAAGAAGGUGACAGAAAGGACAAUGCUCCUGCAAAUGCAGCAGUCACUUUUUAUUUUCAGGUGUACAUUUUCUCCUCUUCUCAUGCUAUUUGUGUUGAUGUCAGAUGUAGUUCUUUGCUGUGGCUAGUUUUGUUCAUUUAAUAAAAAGAACAGAAAAAGACAGACCCAUUUCAUUGCAAAUGAGUAUUGAUGUUCUGCUUAUGUUAAAUAAAAGAUUAUCAGUGUUGG